GAUUGGCAUAUCCACGCCUGUAAGUGACACGUGACAUAAGUGAUAUGACUCAGCGUCCGUUCGACAAGAAGAAAUAGGAAAUUUCAGGAAAUGUAAAAGAAUUCUGAAUCCACGUGGAUCUGGAUAAGGGACAAUCCGACACGGCGCAAGUGCGCUCAACCGGAUCCCGAGCAAGAUCAUCGACGACUUGCACUGAAACUGCCUCUUUAUUCACGGAGUACAUCUUCGGUUUCCGUGGCAGUGCCGAACCUGUUCCAGAGUACAGACGUGUGCUUUGAAGUGCUUCGUCGGAUAGGGCUGGUCCUUGCCUGGGAGGGUCGAGCCGAUCCGUUGUCAGCGUGGGAAUAUUGUCUUGCCUCGAGUCCUCGACCCGGAGAAUGUUGUUGGGAAUCUAGCGCAUCUGAACUGGCAGAUCGAGGAUCAUCGAGCGCGUUCUGGUCGGGGUCGGAAGGGACGGGAUUGUUGUAAGGUUGGCUAUUCGUCUGGGUAUCGCAGAUUUGAUCAGAUUCCCCCGCCAGUUGAGCACUUGCUCUGGGGGAUUAUGACAGGAGUGGCCAAGACUCCAAGGAUUCAUUCGGCUGGCGAGGUCGCGUUCCCUUGCAAUUUUCAACUUGCAGCCCGCCUUCUUCAAUGCGUUGAGGAUUUUAUUUGUUCGUUGCUAGUGGAUGUAAAUUUGGAUUUGGCUUUGAUAACAGAGAGUCUUCUGCACUUUGGAUGCUGGAGUAAAUUGGGUUGCAAUCCGUUCGUGUCGCUGGUUCGCAGUUCGUACUAUCAACCACGAACUGUGUCACUUGACCGAUUACUUUUUAGGCUUCCAAAUCUCCGUGCGUGUAAAGGGUUGUCUUUUUAUGGAAUGCGACGAACCUGAUUUCGCUUUGCUCUGUACUCACGCUUAGGAUAUACAUGAGUGGGAAAGGGGGUUGACACCCCAAUAAUUUAAUCACAUGUAGCCUCUUUUACCACUUUUUCGAGUCUCCACUUCACAUUCUCUUCAUGGUCUUCACAUCUUGCUCUUGACUUUGUAGAAGUCUUCUGUGGUCGUACCUGAGCCUGGGUUCUCUACUUGCUCCAAUUCCUUUGUCCUCAAGUGGCUUUGUAAAACUUCUCUCCAGCAUGCAUUGACAUGCACUGUCUUCCAUACGAUCAGAAUGAAUGGGUGAUCUACCUAUCUCAGCUCUCUGCAUUUUAUGGUGCGACGGUCUCAUAGAAAGUUGUAGAUCCAGUUAGGUUUUGAGAAGCCAAACUUACAUCUGAGUACAAUUCGCGUUGAUUUUUGUUCUUUCUUUCAAAAAAUUGUAGACAAACUUUCAAUUGUGACCAGGGGAUCACAAUUGAACCGCACCCUCUGAAGAAUAACAAUAUCUUCUGAGCCGGAGAUAGAUAACCAAAAUUUGGAAUCAUGACGCACUUGAAUCCAAGGGUAUCCCUUUACUUAGUUGGUCUAUCCUGAAGGUCACAUACUGUAGGUAAGUCGGGUGCCCAGUAGCUCCGUGUUGCGGGUCUACGGAAGCCCAUAUUUUCGUUCACAUCAAUUCAGAAUUAAAGUUAAGAUCAUAGUCACAUUGCAAAUCCGAGAACUAUAUCACUCCAUAGAAAUUUUGCAUCCUGAAGAAUAUUUCAAAGCUUUGUGCGUAUAUUAAAUAUUACAAAUAUACGAAGAGAUUGCCAAUGCUCACUCACUGUUUGUGACUAGUUUUCUUAUUGCUCACUUAUCAUUCCUCAUCGAACCUAGAAUAUAUCAGUAUAACCGGAUUUUGUAGAUAGAAGUUAGUUUUGUUCGACAUACAUCGGAGAAAAAGUUAGAAUUACA